AUGUUUGUCGCCAAUCGCCUCUUGCAAGCCUGCAGAAUCACAUUUUUCACACGCGACAACUGCGGCCUCUGUGCGCAAGCAAAAGGCGUGUUAUCUGACGUUUGGGACAAGCGGCCCUUCGCAUACAAGGAGGUGAAUCUGGCUUUGCCCGAGUCCAACCCCUGGAGGGAGCUUUACGACUUUGAUAUUCCAGUGAUACACAUCAGCAAGGUCAACGCUGGCGAAGAAGAGGUCCACGCGGCCGGCAAGGCAGUCAAGUUGAUGCACCGCUUCACCCCAGGACAGGUGGAAGCGAAAAUGGACCAAGUCGAGAACAACUAG